AUGGGCAAAAGAAAGCACGAAAGCAAUGGAGCCGAUUCCAAUGGACCGGCCAAGAAGGCAGCAAAGUCGCAAGACGAGGUUCACGCAAACUUUGGUGCCAAGCUGUUUGACACGGAUGUCGUCACAAAAUACCGCGAAGACUAUGCGAAGAGCGGACCGUACUUGCACACGGUCGUCUCUGGUCUGAUCAACGACAAGCUCCUCCGUUCGGUCCGUCGCGAGAUCAUCGACAAUGUCCACUUCACACCCAAGGAGACGGACAUUUACAAAAUCCACCAGUCUGGCGACCUUGCCAACCUCUCCGGUCUCGAUCCCUCAGCACUGAAGCUACUACCCUCGCUCCUCACUCUACGCGACUCGCUCUACUCUCCCGAAUUCCGCGCAUGGGUGUCGGAGGUCUCGGGCGCUGGCCCUCUGUCGGGAAAGAAGACGGAUAUGGCUGUCAAUGUAUACGCUCCUGGCUGUCACUUGCUGUGUCAUGACGAUGUCAUUGGUACCAGACGUGUCAGCUAUAUCCUCUACUUGACCGACCCGGACACACCGUGGCAGGCCAACUGGGGUGGCGCGUUACGUCUGUACCCUACGGAAGAAAAGACGGAUGGCAAUGGCAACAAGGUCAGAGUGCCCCACUACGACUUCACAAAGGUGAUUCCUCCGGCGUGGAACCAGCUCUCGUUCUUCACGGUCCAGCCUGGUCAGAGUUUCCAUGAUGUCGAGGAGGUCUUCAAGCGCAAGGAGGGCGAGAGUGAGAAAGACGGUGGUCGCAUUCGCAUGGCCAUCUCGGGUUGGUUCCACAUUCCGCAAGAGGGAGAGGAUGGCUUCGAGCCUGGACUUGAGGAGAAGCUGGCCGAGCGCAGUUCUCUGCAACAGCUGCAGGGCAAGAACGACGAGUUCGACCUGCCCAAGGAACAGUGGAUCGACCACGACGACAAGGCAGAAGAAGCCGAAGAAGACGAGGAAGAGGAAGCCGAGUUUGACGAAAAAGACAUGGACUUCUUGAUUCAGUACAUGACACCGCAAUAUCUCACACCAGACACCGUUGAGGAGCUCUCGGAACUCUUCGCCGAAGAGUCAAGUCUACAGCUUGCAAACUUUCUCAGCAGAAAGUUCAGCGCCCGUCUACGCAAAGAUAUUGAAGCCCACGAUGGCAAAGUCGAGCCUGCGACCGACGGCUGGGCUACAGCGACUCCUCCCUACAAGCACCGCUACCGCUUCAAGCACGCCGACCCUUCUGCCACUGUAACAUCUUCCGCUUACGACGAGCUUCUCAACAAAUUCCUUCCUUCUCUCGCUUUCCGCAAGUGGUUGAGUCUGGCUACUGGUCUUACUCUGGCGAAGAGUAGCAUCUUGGCCCGUCGUUUCCGCAAGAGCUUGGACUACACACUCGCAACAGGCUACAACAAGCCCGAGGCACAGUUGGAAUACUGCUUGAACGUCACACCGACCAAAGGCUGGGGUGCCGACGAGGAAGAAGAGGAAGAAGCCGACGCCGGAGCUGAGAAGAACGGUAAGAAAGAAAAGGGCAAGGCCAAGGUCCCAGUGACAAAGGAGGAAGAAGAAGACAACGUUGGUGGUUACGAGCUCUACAUGGCUGGCGACGAGGAAGACGAAGACGAAGACGAUGACGACGACGCACACUCUGACCACGGCGUCGACAUCCCCCCCAAUGCUGCUUCAGCGACAGGCGCUGGAAAUCGUCGUAUCGCUAAGCACAAGAAGAAGGCUGCUGAUCCUGCUGUUUACCAAGCUGGCAAUGAAGAAGAUGACGGUAUCCUCUUCUCUAACCCGGCAAAUUGGAACACACUGUCUGUCGUCCUCAGAGAUAGAGGUGUGUUGAGGUUCGUCAAGUAUGUCAGCGAGAGCGCAAAAGGAGAUCGAUGGGACGUUAUCGGUGCUGUAGAAGUUAUUGAUGACGACGAAGAAGAAGAUGAAGAAGAUGGUGCUGAGGAGUAG